GGUUCCCCUGAGCCGCCCUGCCGAGCCAGGCCGGGCCCCGCUGCUGCCUUCCCCCCACCGGGCGGCAGGGGGGACAGCCCGAAGGUGCCCCCAGAAACGCCUCCCCGCCCGGGGAGCAGAAGAGGCACCUCGGCGCGGCUCCCCCGGCCGCCAGCGCUCCGCGCAGCUGGAAACAAACCCGCCCGGUGCGCCCCGGGCCGCGCCGAGCCCCCGCCCCGGUCACCAUGUCCCUGGGGGGCAGCCGGUGGUCCGUUCGCCUGCUGGUGAUCACCUGUGUGAUGGCCGGGCCGUCCCUGAGUCAGGAGUGUUCCGCGGAGAAAAUGGAGAAUUCCGUCAUCGAUAUAGACUUGUCCCUGCCCCGAGGCGUCCGGGGCGCGGAGCCGCUUCGCGUCCCCAGCGCGGGGGCUUGUGCCCGCGCCUGCUGCUCCAGGGACGGGCUCGCAGGAGACAAGAAGUGUAAUUUGAUGAUUUUUUAUACUGGAAGAGCAAAAGCACAUCCAAACUGCUACCUCUUUUACUGCCCUACCACAGAGGCUUGUCUGAUGAAACCUGCACCAGGACUUGUGAGCUACAAGAUAACUACAGACACGCAGGCCCCAGAGGAUAAAUCUAUCAAAACUGAGAACUUUUCUUCAAAUGAGUAUUCUUUGUCUUCGGAUGCAGGAACGAUUUUUUCUCACGCUCAGAAUAGCCAUCAGAAUCAUACUGCCACUUGGCAACAAUCUGUAUUUCAUCAGGCAUCUGAACCCGUGAACCACAUAGGCAAGCAUUUAGACAACAUCGAAUUUCAUACAGAUUUUCCUGAAUCUCAAAGGGCAAAACAGUCUGAGAACUUAGAUUCCAUCCCAAGGCAGAAAGUAAUUAAUCUGCCACCAAACAUGUUUUCUGCUGUUCACAUUGGAAACCCCACUGCUUCAUUCCCCACCACUCAGCCUAGUGCUCCUGAAACCAGCAGUACUACUCUUACUCCUCUGCCUGCAAGUACGGCCCGGUUGGAAUUUCGUACAACCUCUCUGCAUCCUGGUGCUGCUGAACCUACAAUCACCACCACCACAGCUCCCUCUCUGCCUACCACAGCCACUGGAGCUAAACCUGGUGUCCCUGUCACCAGCAUCGCUGCUACUCGUGUUCCUCUUUCCAGUCCCACAACUUCUACAACCACAAAUUCCACAUCUACUACUGCUCCAUCAGGGCUAAGGACUCCAACCAUAUCUCCUGAGCCAGCAGCUGUCUCUUCCAAUGAUACUAGCCAUGUAACCCUCUCCUCUUUUUCAGGUUUCAUUCUCUCUACUAGUGAUUCCCCCAUAUCUUCCCAAAAUGACCUUCAGGGUUAUGACCCAUCUGACUCAGAAAGCUACCUGUCAGAGGGUGUUCUGAGAGGGAAAGGUGUUGUUCAGCUGGGGGAGAAAAGCAGCCUUCUAGCAGCUUUGCUUUUUGGGGUGAUGUUCUUGUUGCUGGUUAUUGCACUGACAGGGAAGAAAAUACAUGAAUCUCUUCAGAAGAGGCAUUAUACCAGGCUGGAUUACUUGAUCAAUGGAAUGUAUUCUGAUGUCUGAUGGGGAGAGGGAAUAAAAUUUUGAGGAGCAUGUAACUUUUGAGAGGGCAACUCUGAAAUGGAACAGUAGAUACUGAAAUCUCAGAAAAGGAUGGAUUCCUUUUUUCUCCUCUAAUGGCAAAGCAGAAGGCAGGAUAUGGUUUUGGUGGGGAAAAGAAAUGCUCUUUCUACGCUGAACUAUAAUGUCUAUCAUUUUUGAUUUAUGCUAAAUCCUGAGAAUAAACACUCAAAUCCAAGUUAAGCUAAGAAGGUCUUAUAUUUAAGGAGAAAAAGCAUUUCAUGAGCUUAAUCUGUACUGUGACAAGAUUAGUGAAAUAGAAGUACAUCUAAUAAAUUGAGUACCUGUGCAGCACGUGGGUGUUUUCAGUGCUAUUUGCACCAAAUGCCAUAGUGUUGCCUGGCAAUCCUAUUUACUCUAUUUGUAGCUUUAAAGGAAUACUUAGUAAUAGAGCUUUGCAUCCAAAUGGUUUUAGGUACAAACAGUAAAAAUUAUAUUACAUAUAACAUAGCUUAAUUUUCCUUUUCUACAUAUAAUUUAUAGUUAUAUACAUAUCUUCAAAGUUCUUUUUCUGCAUACAUCACGAGCUGUCCUUAAAACCACAUACUAAAAAUCUGAAUUGGCCUUUUCCAAAGAGUGGAAUUUACCCUUUUCAAGCUUGGAUUUGUGCAAUGUGUAUCAGAGAGAAAGUUAUCUUCCGAAAGUAAAGCAAGCUACAGUCAAGGUCUUUUGUGACAAACUGCAUCACCAAGUGACUUGGCAUAUGCACGACAGAGAAUUUGUUCUAAUACACCUAAAUCCCUGACCGCUGAGACUCAACAUCUCAAGAAGGGGGAGAAACCUGUGAGUGGGCUUAGCAAGGACAACAGCUGUAUUAUUGGCAGAAGACACACAGAAAGGUGUGGGCUCCCUUUGCUGAACAUCUACCAAGAGGUAAAAAAGUUUUAGAGAAAAAUGGUGACUAUGUUGUUGGAGGGUGCACAUCUCAAAGAGGUUUCCUGCAGUCAGCAGGAACAGAUGGACAAGGCUGCAUUAUCUUCAUGCUUCUGGCAUUCACCUGCUUCCCUCGUUAGUGGCUCUCAAAAGGACCGUGUGUGUCAGUGCUGGACUUGCUGUCCCUCCUGAACACACAGAGCUCUUGCUGGUUCUCAAAGCACACCCGCUUCACUUCUAGGGUCCUCUUCAUGUGACUGGUAAUAAGUAUAGCAACUUAUUAACGGUUGGUCUUGAUGAUCUUCCAAGUUUUUUCCCAACCUAAACAAUUCUGUGAUUAUCUGUGUUUCCCUGACUGCAACAGUGAGAGGGCCUGUGAGCAUCUACUGCUUGCUCCACAACUCCCAGUUCAUAUUAUUUUGAUUUCCCUUUGCAUGCACUCAGUCUAAACCUGUUUUUAGAAUGAAAGGCUAGAUUUCAAAGUAUCCAUGUCAGGCAGCAUAAUCAACAACAAACAUCAUGGCAGAGAAGGAAGGGUACCUCCUGAGUGCAAGGAAACAAUUCUAUUACGAAAUAUGAAAUGUGACUCACGUUCAAGAGAUUGUUAAAUCUGUCAAGCUUAGUGUGGUGGGAAGCAGGUGUGAUCCAGAAAUGGCCUCAAGGCAAGUUUUCUGAAAGCUCUAAGAAAAUUCCCUGAAAAUUCCAUUCAGAGAUCAAAGAAAUGUCAAGAAGUUGAAUUCUUACUAUGGGGGGUGCUGCACAUUGCUUUAUAGGUCCAAAUCCAGCUGUUCUGUAAAUGAAAAACAUUCUGGGUAACUUCUUAAAGGUGAACAAAAUUGCAAAAGAAAAGUAUCUCAAAUUCAUCAGCUUGUUUGUUGACUGCACUUUGUUUAACCUCAGUUGUUUUUUUUAAUAGACAUUUUCAGAGGUUUCUGGUCAAGGAACAUGAUAAGAGGAAACAACAUUUUUAGGAAAUGAGUUCACAGACUGAUAAGUACUAGGCCUAGCUGUAAAAAUGCAAAUGCAGAUCUUAGGUUGACCAUAAUUUACUCUCAUAAGAACUAAAACUUCAUGAGUAGCUUUCUUCAUUGCAGGUGAGCUCACAGCAGCUUGUUGCAGGAGAGGUGCUGAGAACAACUCCUGAAUCCUCACUGUGCAUUUCUGCUGUAAUUUGUUGGAGGGAAAGAUGGUUGCUGUUAAUUGAUAAGUUACAGUACAGUAGCAAAAUGUUCAAGAGAAGACAAGCAGAUACAUCUCAAGGUUGUUCAGAGCACUGGGCAUGUAUUUAGCUGGAGAGGGGCAUGUUACAAGGGCAUAUAGUGAUAGAACAAGGGGGAAUGGCUUUAAAAAUGACAGAGGGUAGGUUUAAAUUGGAUGUUAGGAAAAAAUUCUU